CUCUUCAUAAAUUGCUUAGAUUAAAUUUUAAUUUUAAGAUAAUUUGCGAAAAUGGGCAUUGCAGACAAUGAGAAAAGCGCAAAAGGCGGCCCAUUCGAAAUAAAAGCGCAAAAGACAAGGCAACGCGUCUUCCUAAAACGCCGAUCCGAGCAGCUACCAAACAGCCAUAUGCAAAGCAAUUGGACUCUUUGCACAGAUCUGCAGCGACAGUGGAACCGCCGGCGAUUGCGACGCCUAUUCGCAGCAGACAAGCCGAAGGUCGUGAGGGGAUAUCCAUGUGCCCAUGUGCAUCGAUCCGGUCCGAUGGGCUCCUUUCUUCGAUAUUUUCUGCUGCCCAUUUUUCUGGUCUUGGGCAUCAUCUGCUGCAUCACAUUGUACCAGACCGAGGUGACGAUGUUCGUGCAGCACUACUUCCGCCAAUAUCAGGCCAUUGUCCAUGACAAGCCAAACUACUGCGAUCGCAGCCGAUCGAUGCGCAACAUCUUUGACAAUAUUCACCGCGAUGUGAUCAAUCAAGAUGCGGCGCUCCAACAACUGGAAGAGGCACUGACCAAUCAUGCAGCAUUUCAUUCUAUUGCUCUGGUGGGCACGUCGGGCUUGGGCAAAAGCUUGACGAUGCAACUGCUGUUCUACCAGUAUCCAUGGAAGUUGAACGUGCAGAGAAUUGCUUGGAAUGACUUUGAUCUGAUUGAGGAAGAGGCACGUUAUAAGAAAGUGCUGGGCAUACUUCACAACUUGGCGCACUGCGGUCGCAAUCUGUUAAUUAUUGACAACAUGUCCGUCUGGGAUUUGGAAUAUGUGGCAAUAAUAAACGCUUUGGCGCUGGCCCAGCGUGACGUGGCCAAUGUGGAAAUAAGUGAUCUGGACCUGAAGCAGCUGACAAUUAUCUAUGUGUUCAAUGUGAACGCUAGAAAGCUGCCAGAUGUAUACUAUCGAAAGCGGCUAGAAGUGAUACUGCAGCUGGCGGAUAUGACGGUGAUAACCUAUCGUUCAUUUGACCGCAGCGAUCUGGAGAGAUGUGUGCGACACGAGGCACGAGUGAUAGACCUACACUUGGAGGAGCGUUAUGUUAAAGAAAUUGUCAGCACGUCCAAUGUUCACAUCUCCGGAUGCAAGACGGUGCGUGCCAAGGUUUUGGUCUAUGGGAAACCGAUGUGACAAGACGAUUACUGACACGAAAAAACAAACAUUGACUAAACCAAUUACUGCCAAUAGUGAAUGGGUUCGGCAUUUUCUAUUUAUGUACAUUUAUACUGAUCUCUUUUUUUUUUUUGACGGAGGGUCGGGGUGUUGAAUGAGAAGCAAGACUUUGAGUGUAAUUUGUAGGCAAAAUGAACACUUGCAUAAUGUUAAAUUAAUUCGACAAUAUUUAAACUAUUAUGGUUAAUGGCUAGACAAUGAAACAAAAACAACAGAUUAUAAAUGUAGCUCAUCUUGAUUGACAAAACAAGUUUAUUGAUUUGUUGUGAAUAUUCCCACAUAAUAUUAAAUUGUUGAAAUAAAUGAUUGUCGACUCAA